CCAAAUAUAGUAUAAACUUAUAUACCAUCUGGCAACCUUCAGGCUUGCCUACAGUGCACUUCAAACUAUUGACUGUAUGUCAAAACAGUUUAACGAAUUUGUUUGACAUUUCAAUUCGAGUAGUAAACAGAAAUAUACCUAUGAGUUUUUAACAAAUUAUGGAACGUAUUCUUUCUGGUAUAGCGAAAAUAAAUUUUCAACAAAAUUGUGAAGAUAUUUUGGUUGAAAGUCGUUUGGGAAACAUGGCCGCUCAGUUGCAAGAGAUGUCUGAAGCAGUAGAUACAAACGGCGAGUGUAAGAAAAACGAUAACACUGCAGAAAGUGACAUAGAAUCAGAUUUAAAUAGUUCCGGCGAAACCAAUUUAUUUGGUGAUGAUGAUGCAGAUAGCAGCAGUAGCGCUAGCAAAGGCGGUGGCAGUCUUUCACAGCGCCGCAAUUUACCGCGUCGUGCUUGCAAAGAAAAUAGCUUAAAAGUAAAACGACGUUCGAUUGUGAAACCAAAACGCCACAGCUCCUCAAUGACAUGUGAUUUCUCUAUGCUCCGUCCAGCUGAUAUACGUAAAAUUUACUGCAAUAAAAAGCUGAAAAGUUUCCGACCUACUUGCUUGGAGACAAUCUUUGAAGAUCCACAGCCUGAGCAGCGUCGCGGCAAUGAUGCAGUUGCAGCCUGCAAUAGUGCAUUACGUUUAAUUGGUUUGCGUAAAAUACGGCGUUCACUAUCCUGUUCAGAUGGUUUAAACACUAAUAAAACUUUAAUAAAACAGCGACGUGCUAAAAUUAAGAAAGCCUUUGGUCGCCGAAGUGCUUGCAAAAAGAUUUCAUUACAUGAUUUCAUUGAUCGUUUGAAUAAAAGUUACGGCGACGAAGCGGACGUAGAAGAUGCCGAUCUAGAGACUGACGACACUAAUCCACAGGAUGAAUCAAUGGAGGCAGAAAUGUGCGCUGUAGCGAUAGAUUCUUCGCUGUCUGCAGAAACAACACCAACAAAGACUGAUUUCGCAAUGCAAUUAGAAACGGAUUUGGUGGAUGCAAAUGAGUAUAGCAUACAAAAGGUUGAGAAAGGUUCGUUAUAUCUUGUGCCAAAUAAUUGUGGAACUCUGUCAUAUUCUUCAGAUACAGCGGAUGCUAGUUUGAGUUCUGCAUAGGUGAAUCCUAAUUGUUUUGAAGUUAUACAUUAGUUAUAUAUUAGAUAUAUCAUACUACAUUUUGAGAGUACCUAGUUUUAUUGUGGGUGUUAAUGAAAAAUCACAGCCAAUUUUGGUUUUUGUGUGAACUACAUGUUUCAUAUAUAAUAUUUAAUUUUUGUGAAAUUUUAAUUCUAUAAAACCUAUGCGCAUUCAUAAUUAAUCAAAAUUCAUUUAUUUUUAACCAACUCUCCUCACUUAAGAUUUAAGAUGUUGAUUGUACGUAUUAUUUGGGUGUGUUUGCAUAAUAAUAUUGCUGAUGAAUUUAAUAUAAUGUUUGAAUUUGUGUCUUAUUAUAUCUAUUUGUGCAGGAGCAUACAAUUUUACAAACGUCAACUACUACUAGCAUUAAAAUAGUUCGUAACGUAAUUUAUUCUAAGUUAUUUUAUAUAAACAGUUUUGAUUACUUGAUGAACAGUGUAUUUUACAAGUGCAAAGAAGUGCUAAUUUAAUAGAAUUCAUUACAAAUAUAUUAUAA